UGUGCGAGCCAAGGGAAGGCAGCACUCUCCUGGGACACUCCUAACUAUCUCUGUCUCUCUCACACACUCUUUUUUCUCUCCUCUCUGUGCCUAUCAGGCUCAUUCUGUACUGUAGCAUGCAAUCUGUAGGAGGGAUGGGGCCUAAUUUGCUUGCCUUGGCUAAUGAGCUUAGCCCGUGCUGAGCAGCUUUUAGCCCUGCAGGUUGUUGUAGUGGGCACUGGUUAGCCCGUAGCGGUUAGCGAGGGGAACCAGAGCAGAGGAGUGGAUCUCAGAAGGGGCAGAGCUGCAGCCACAGCUUCACCACUCCUCUGUUUGCCUACCAGGACCACCUAUCCUUGUACCGGCACUGCGGCUGGGACGUCUCUCUCUCCUCUCUCCCCCCACCCUCCCUCCUCUGCCUCUCUCUAACGCUACCUGACUCCCCUCUCUGUCUGUCCCAGAGCACUGACAAACUGCUUUUUGUAGCUGCAUCACCUCUCAGGCAGCUGCCCCCUCUUUCCAUCUCUUUCACCUCUUUUUCCGUCUAACCCUCUGCCCUGACUUUAUUGCCAAAAUGUACCGGAACCCGUGGAUCUCGAAUUACCUGACUCACGUCAAGUUUUGCAGCCAAGGACUUGGGAGUGAGACCCCCAUUAAACUAAGCAAUCCCAGAUUGCUACAGAAGAGAGCUUUGAGCUUCCAGAAAGAAUUCUCCUUUGACGAAAAAGACGACCCAGCCAAAAGCACCAAGGAUAUAGAUGUUAGUCUCUUGGCCAAUCUCCCCAAAGUCUCUGAAUUGAGGAAACGAUUUGAAGGCAUUACCACAAGUACAAGUGACUGGGAAAUGAACAGAAAGGAACGUAUCGCUCGCCGGUUGGAGGGCAUAGAGGGUGAGGUGCAUCCGUCGCUGCUGCCUAGCUUGGUGGCCAACCGGCUUCUGGAGGAGGACACACCACGUUACACCAGGGCCUCUGACCCCUGUGAGCCCUGUGGUGUUACAGUCCAGCGGUAUGGUGUUGAAGGAUUUGAAAGCCCAGAAAUGCAGCUGACUGCUCCAGAGCGCCAGUCCAGGGCUCGAUGCAGACCUGACCCCCAGUCUUCAAUCCACACAGACCCUGUCUUCAGUUCAGGUUCUACCACCAAUGCCCCAGAGCCGGAGUCCAAGGCCGAACGCAUCGCCCGCUACAAGGCGGAGCGGCGCCGGCAGUUGGCCGAGCGCUAUGGCAUCUCCUUGGAUCAGGAGCCAGACAUGGACUGUCCCUCCCGCUACACUCGCACCCAGAAGGAGUCGGAAGGCUCAGAGAGGCGAAACAGAGAGGAGUUGAUGGGGGAGGACGGGAGGGACAUCACAUUGAGUUCUUACACCAGUACCUCUGCCACUAGCCCGAGGGCGGGACGCACAGCACCAAAGCAUAGCCACCCCGACCCCAGUUAUGAGACAGGUCGAACCAGGGUGGACUCGUUCUCAGAGAGGGAGAGACUGAUGAACCUGGAGAAUCAACGCCGAGCUGCUCCUCCAGAGUUGCCUUCCUCAUACAUGGAUGUAACAUCAUUGUCCUCAGCUGCCAGGGUGCCCGCCAAAGACUAUUCAGUCACAGGGAUGCCACCCAGUUCACCCAAGCUGAGCAGGCACCCUUCCCUCUCCUCACCCAAACACGGGGUAUCUCCUGGGGACCUAUUCAUCGAGCAGCAGGCCCACAAUAUCCUCAGCAGACAGGGGUCCUGCGUGAGUUCAGAUCUUGCUUCCACUGAAGCUGAUGAAGAGAAGCUAGAUGAACGGGCCAAGCUGAGCGUAGCAGCCAAGCGCUCUCUCUUCAGGGAACUGGAGAAGAGCCUUGAUGGCGGAGCCCCUAAAGCGCGGUCCAGGAAUGCAGCAGUGGACAGGAGACUAAGACGGACACAAGACCGAUCCAGAACACAGCCAGUCACCACUGAGGAAGUAGUUAUCGCUGCCACCCUGCAGGCAACCUCGCAGCAGAACGCCGCCGCCCGGGAGGCCCGGCAUAUGCAGGAUACUCACGAGGUCCAGAGAUCCAAGCCGGUGUCCACAGUCGAGGAAAUAGACCAGAGCCACGGUCAGAGCCACAUUCAGAGCCAGGGUCAGUACCAGUACCAGGAUCAGGAUCAGGGCCAGGGUCAGGAGGAGCCUGACCUCUGCACCCUUAGCCUAGCAGAAAAGAUGGCGCUGUUCAACCGACUGGCUCAGCCUCCCACCAGGGUAACCCGCACCAGAGGGGACACGCGCCAGCGCAGGGCCAACGCUCGCUACCAGACACAGCCCAUCACACUGGGAGAUAUGGAGCAGGAGUCUUCAGACAUAGAUGAACAGGAACUAUGUGACAGCCCCGUAGAGCACCUACAACUUCAGAAUGGUACCGGCUCUCGGUUUCAACACCUCCCUACUUCAUCAUCCUCCUCCUCUGCUCUGAGAGCAGGAAGCACCGUCUCCACUGACCACGCCGGAGACAUCCACAUAACCAGAGCAGCACCCCGGGUCGAGCCCCUCCCUCCCUCCAUCUCUGACCUGUCCCUGCCCCCUCGCCACACCGACGACCCGGCCUGGAGGUCCCAGGACUCCGUGGACCACCAGAGGUACCACAUCGAUGCCAGGGAAGAAGACAGAGCUGAUCUUGGAGGAGGGAAGAGGAAGCUGCCCUCUCCCGAGGGAUCGAUCAGGCAGGCCGCUCUGCCCCAGCCCCAGACUGGAAGAGAGAGGAGGGGGGAGCAGGACGAGGAGGAGGCGGAGCAGCAGCGCCUGGACAGAGGGGGGGUGGCCGUGCAGAGCUCAGAGAAGCACAUGUUCCAGGAGUGGCAGGAGGCGUAUCUGAGGGAGGAAGGACAGUAUCCAGACAGUCAGAGGAGCAGGGCCAUCAGUGGAGAGCUGCUGGAGUCCACUGUGGUAACAUCCAGAGCGGUAUCUGGUCUGCCCCAGAGUGUGUGUCAGCCUCCAGCGGCAGACGCACACAUAGACGGCAGCGGACCCACAGCAGGUCCGGUUCAGCUCGAGGACGGAGAAGAGCUGAGCGACAUGAUGACGGCCAGACACAUGUCCAUCAAAGAGAGAGUGGCCUUGUUGAAGAAGAGCGGCGAGCAGGACUGGAGGAACAGGAUCAAUAAGAAGCAGGAUGUGGCGAAGGUUGCCGUGGGUGAACAGCAGGCUCAGCUCUGGGAGGUGGAGCAAAGCUUCAAAACGAAGGAUGAUGAAGUACUGAUGAUGAUCGAUGAGUUCGCUGUGUCCGACCAGCUGUGGGAGCCGGUCUUUGCCUCUACUUUCUCUCCUCCUCCUGAGCCUCCUUUCCAUACUCCCUCCCCUGAUGAUUCAGCCAGUCAGGCCAGAUCUCCCAGACCCAUGCAGGUGGAUGAGAGACACCCCUGGAGACGGAAGAGAAUAGCUGAUGCUGAAAUGGAGUGCCAGAGCAUCGAGGCCCACAUGUCCAUCCAGGAGCGGAAACAGCUGAUAGUAGCCCAAGAGGAGGCCUGGAAGACCAAAGGCUACGGAGCCGCCAACGACUCCACCCAGUUCACUGUGGCCGCGCGCAUGGUGAAGAAAGGGUUGGCCUCCCCCUCGACCCUCCAGUCUUCAGUGUCAUCCAAACCCAAGAACAGCAGCCCUGCCAUCUCCAAACCACAGGAAGAGAUCAAGGCCGUGCCAGAUCUGAACCUGGAGUCGGACAUGAAGCUGGAUAAACUGGAGUCAUUCCUUGGCAAGCUCAACAGUAAAGUGUCUGGACUGCCAGAAGCCACCAUCACAGUAACAGAGAAGAAGGUAAAGGAGGUAAUGACCCUUGAAGAUGAAACCUUUUCCAAGUUCUACCGCCAAAUGGAGGAGCUUCCCGUCAUCACUAAUAAGGUGGAGAUAGACGACGACUUCGAUGCCAUCUUCGGUCCCCAGGUCCCAAAGCUGCCCUCAGAGAUGGUGCAGCACAAGCGAGCUGUGCGCCCAGCGCGUAACGUCCAGGCUUCUAGGAACCCUCUGAAGAUGCUGGCUGCCAGGGAGGACAUCAGACACGAGUACACAGAGCAGAGGCUCAACAUUGGCCUGCUGGAGAGCAAGAGGAUGAAGGCUGAGAAGAUGAAUAAGAACUCUGGUUUCUCUGAUGUGGCUCUGGCCGGUCUGGCCAGCAAGGAGAACUUCAGUAACGUCAACCUGCGCAGCGUCAACAUCUCCGAGCAGAUGUCCAACAACAGCGCUGUGCCUUACAAGAAACUCAUGCUCUUACAGGUCAAAGGCCGACGUCACGUCCAGACCAGGCUGGUGGAGCCCAGAGCGUCCUCCCUGAACAGCGGUGACUGUUUCCUGCUCAUCACGCCACACCACUGCUUCAUCUGGAUCGGAGAGUUCGCCAACGUCAUUGAGAAGAACAAGGCUUCAGAGUUGGCAAACUUCAUCCAGAGCAAGAGGGAUUUGGGUUGCCGUGCUAACUACGUCCAGGUCAUCGAGGAGGCCGCCAGCACGCACAGCCACGCUGCCAAGGAAUUCUGGAAGAUUCUGGGAGGGCAGUCGAGUUUUCAGUCUGCAGGAACGCCAGAUGAAGAUGAGCUGUACGAAGGUGCCAUUGUAGAGACGAACUGCAUUUACCGCCUGAUGGAGGACAAACUGGUUCCAGAUGAUGAUUUUUGGGCCAAGAUGCCCCGUUGUUCCUUGCUCAACCCCAAGGAGGUUUUGGUGUUUGACUUUGGUAGCGAGAUGUACAUUUGGCAUGGGAAGGAAGUGACGCUGGCACAGAGGAAGGUGGCCUUCCAGCUGGCCAAGCACCUGUGGAAUGGCACCUUCGACUACACAAACUGCGACAUCAACCCACUGGACCCGGGAGAGUGCAACCCAAUCAUACCAAAGAAAGGUCAGGGGCGACCCGAUUGGGCUGUGUUCGGCCGACUGACUCAACACAAUGAGACCACCUUGUUCAAAGAGAAGUUCCUGGACUGGAGCGACUCCAGGAAAACUCCCAGUCCCAUAAAAAACACCAACGACCACAUCACUGAUCAAAAGGAGCAGUCCACCUCCGAUCAGCCCCACGCGUACGACGCCUCCCUGAUGCUGCCCCUCCACCAAGGGCUCGUAUGCACCAGACUGGACGGGUUCAACGUGGGCCGGGGCUACGGCGUGGUGGAGGCAGAGGAGUGGCGGAGCUACGAGAUCAGCACGCUGGCAGUGGAGGUGUGGCACAUCCUGGAGUUCGACUACAGCCGCCUGCCGCGCCAGAGCAUCGGCCAGUUUCACGAGGGCGAUACGUAUGUGAUGAAGUGGAAGUACAUGGUCAGCACUGCAGUUGGGAGGAGACAGAACCCGGAGCAGCAGAAGACAGCGGGGGCAGGGAAGGAGAAGUGCUGCUACUUCUUCUGGCAGGGCCGCAACUCCACCGUCAGCGAGAAAGGAACAUCAGCGCUGAUGACAGUAGAGCUGGACGAGGAGCGGGGAGCACAGGUUCAGGUCCAGCAGGGUAAGGAGCCUCCAUGUUUCCUGCAGUGCUUCAAAGGAGGGAUGGUGGUCCACUCUGGGAAGAGAGAAGAGGAGGAGGAGAACUCGCAGAACGACUGGCGCCUGUACUGUGUGCGAGGUGAGGUGGAGGUGGAGGGCCACCUGCUGGAGGUGGCCUGUCACUGCAGCAGCCUGCGCUCCAGGAUGUCGAUGGUGCUGCUGAGCGUCAGCCAGGCCCUCAUCUACCUGUGGCACGGCUGCAAGUCUCAAACACACACACGGGAGGUGGCACGCACUGCCGCCAACAAAAUCAAAGAGCAUUGUCCUCUGGAAGCUGGCCUCCACAGCAGCAGCAAGGUGACCAUUCGGGAAUGUGACGAGGGAGCAGAGCCCGCUGGAUUCUGGGAGCCCCUCGGGAGGAGGGACAGGAAAGUGUACGACUGCAUGUUGCAAGACCCAGGAAGGUUUAACUUCACACCUCGUCUGUACCAGCUGAGCAGCAGCUCGGGGGAGUUUGCAGCUGUGGAGUUUCUGUACCCUGCCAGAGACUCCAAUAAGGUCAACUCUAUGCCUUUCCUGCAGGAGGACCUUUAUGCAGCUUCACAGCCAGCCCUGUUCCUGGUGGACAACCACCAUGAGGUGUAUCUGUGGCAGGGCUGGUGGCCUCAGGACAGCGAGAGCACCGGCUCAGCCAGAAUCCGCUGGGACUCAGACAGGAAGUGUGCCAUGGAGACUGUGCUGCAGUACUGUAGAGAGAAGAAUGAGAAGAAGCCUCCCAAAGCGUAUCUGAUCCACGCUGGUCUGGAGCCACUCACGUUCACCAACAUGUUCCCCAGCUGGGAGCACAGAGAGGACAUCGCUGAGAUCACUGAGAGGGAGGCGGAGGUGUGUAACCAGAUUAUCCUGGUGGAGGAUGUGUUGGCCAGGCUGUGUAAAACUGCAUACCCGCUGGCAGAUAUUCUGGCCCGGCCGCUGCCUGAGGGCGUGGACCCUCUUCGCCUGGAAGUCUAUCUGUCUGAUGAGGACUUUGAGGGUGUAGGGGCUUAUGGGAAGAAAGCCCUGGAUAUGACCAGAGAGGAGUACGGGGCCUUGCCCAGCUGGAAGCAGGUGAACUUGAAGAAAGCCAAAGGCCUUUUCUGAAUGUUUGAAACAGAGAGCUGACCUGAAGACAUCAGAAAAAAAUCCACCAGGAGGUUGUCUUGUCUCCUCUUUUGUUUACGUUGGGACCCAGCCGAGGCUCAGGGGUAGCCUCUCCUGAGCUGUGACGGUGGGUUGAGGAGGGGAGUACUGAAGGUGUGGAAGAGGUGAUCAGUGACUGAGAGGUGUGGCAGCUUCUUGUGCUGCAGUUUUCCUUCCCAUCUGUUUUUUGCAUUGCUUUUACAGUAGGAGACAAACAUAGGCGGAUGCACCUCUGAGUGGAUGUGUUAAUAGUUCUUUACAGCCUCACUCUAUUAAUGUUUGUACAUAUGUACCAUACACAGGACAGCCAGUGCCGUUACUUUGUCAGCCAUAUGUUAGAGUGGGAGCAGGCCUGUCAGCCCGUUCAGCACACAUCAGAUCCUCUGCUAAUCUUAUAUGUAUACUUGUGCAUUACAGAUAAUUUAUAUCAAAUCCAUAUAGGAAUUUAAAAAAAAAAGCUUCAUGAAUAUCCACUGAGCUAAAAAUGAUUGAAUAAACUGUAUAAUGAAUGUUGGGGAUAUGUUAAUGUUAAUAAAUACUGGAUAUUGCAGAAAUUCUCUCGUGCUGUACAGUUCACCAUUUGCCGUUUACAAAUCAAAUGAUGUAGCUUUCUUUGAAUGCGUCUAGUGUCAUUAUUGUUUCAUACAGGAGAAAGCAUACAGGCUGGAUUAAAGGCAACGAGAGAGUGAUGAUGAAAUGUAUUUGAUUUUUAAAUCCUACAGUGUAUAGUGCCUUGCUUUGUGUACAGUUUAUAUACAGAUGCUAGUCUGCAUUUUGAAGACUUUUUGUGAUAUAAAGAAAUAUUAGAGAAAUAAACCCUGAAAGUUGGAUAUUAGAA